AAAAUCUCCACUCCAUUCCUUUUUAUCAUAGCUAUUCACAUCUCUCUCUGUCACAGUCGUACACAAUCUUCGCUACUGGACAAUGAUCACGGAGAUGCUUUCCAGUUUAUCGAUCGCUAAAACUCCUCCUUCUCUUCGCAUGUUCUCUCCGGCUAACGGCAAACCUUUCCGACUUUCGGUUAUCUGUUGCGUCGGGAAGAAUGCAGAGAGUAAUGGCUCAACUAGUGGACCUUUCCAGUUGGAGUUGGGAAACCACAGUAGUGAUGAGAAUAUUCCACAAAUGAAGAGUGCUGAAUUAGAAGAGAAAGGUAGUGACAUUUGGCAACUUUUCGGAGAAGCUCAACAGAAUAUCUUGUACUUGAACAAACAACGCAUCAUGACCAUGGAAGAGCUUGAUAGAGUAAAAAGAGAGAAAAGUUCAUUGCUUGAUCAGAUCGAGCAACUAGAGAGAACAAAGCUGAUUAAUACAAGAAAAGAUAAGUUCUCAAUCACUGCUGAGUUACUUCUAAGGAUAGACUCUAUGGUUCUUACCAGUUUGAUUGGGAGCAAGGAGGCAUCAGACUUUAGAAGGCUGGUCAUGGAUUCAAAAGUCAGCAUAGUUGAUUAUUUCUCUGAUAUAAUGCAUAAACAGGAUACAGAGCUUCUGGCAGAGAUGCGUCACUUCUCCGGGAAAAGUAGAAAGUCAGGUUACCACAUAAUCCACAUUUGUACUGAAAUGGCACCAGUGGUCUCAGUUGGAUCUUUGGCACUAUAUGUAACCGGCUUAUCUUGUGCCUUGCAAAGAAACGGAAAUCUGGUUGAGAUUAUCUUACCCAAGUAUGCUAGCCUAAACUUAAAUGAAGUUCAUGGAUUACGAGAAGUAGAAGCGGAGUUUUUUUCAUACUUUAAUGGUCAAAUGCACGGAAACAGAAUCUGGACUGGGGUUGUCUAUGGCAUUGGAGUGACUUUUAUAGAACCUCUCUACUAUUCGUCAUUUUUCAGCCGCGAGAAAGUAUAUGGUUACUCAAAUGAUUUUGAACGAUUCACCUACUUCUCUCGCGCUUCAUUGGAUUAUAUAGUUAAAGCAGGAAAGCAGCCCGAUGUGCUUCAUAUACACAACUGGGAAACAUCUAUUGUUGGUCCAUUGUUUUGGGACGUUUUUGUAGAUCAGGGACUUGGAGAUACCAGGAUAAUGUUGACAUGUCAAAGCUUCGAGUCUCAGUGUGUAGAGCAACCUGAGAAGUUAGCCCUAUGUGGACUUGAUCCUCACAGAUUACAUCGUUCUGAUCGUCUGCAAGAUAACAACAAGUCCCAUCUUGUCAAUGUUUUGAAGGCUGGGGUUGUUUACUCCAAUAAAGUUAUUAUAAUGUCAUCCAUGCAAACAAAAGGGCAGAUAAUUCAUGCUAUGAGUCAUGGUCUGGAACCCACCUUAACUAUACACAAGGACAAGUUAGUAGUUGCUCCUCCUGGAUUUGAUAGUUCAGCUUGGGAUCCUUCAGCGGAUAAGUAUCUUCCUCAAAACUAUAGUGCAGAUAAUAUGAAGGGCAAAUCUGUCUGCAAAGUCUCGUUGCAGCAGCAUCUGGGGUUUCAGGAUCAAGCGUCCAUUAUUCUUAUAGGAUGCAUCUUCUCAGACAUCUCUGAUGUUGAACUAGAAAACCUCAAGACGCUUAUUCGGAUGGCUUCAAGGAGGGGUGUUCAGUUUGUCUUCAUGGGCUCGGGUCAAACUCCUGGUUUAAAUAUGGCAUUGGAAUAUUUUGAGGAGGAACUCAAGGAUGAGAACAUGAGAUUCCUUAGCAAAUAUGACGAAGCUUUAGCACAUUUGGUACUUGCAGGAUCUGACAUCAUGCUAUGCCCUUCUUAUGAUGAUACAGUACUCCAAGUACCGCUCAAGGCCAUGAGAUAUGGAGCUGUGCCUAUUCUACUGAAUUUUACGGAGAGCAAAUUCGGGCACUUUAUGGACCGUGAUCUUGAGGGCACCAAAUUCUCUCGUUAUAUCAAAGAUACCUUCGGCAAUAUGUCCCUGAACCAAGCAAUUGAAGAACUUAAGAACAACCAAUCAAAAUGGGACAAGAAGAUUGUCGAUGCCAUGACAACGGAUUUUUCGUGGGAGGCAGAGUGCUGUGACAUUCAUAUCUCUGCAUAUACAGCAAUAAAGAACUUGUAAAAUAGAUUUUCUGUACAUAUUCAUGCAUUUAUAUCUUUGACCACGCCUUGGAGGUACCUAUUACAUAUAGUCUAGAGGGGAGGGGCUUUUGUUAUCUUAAGAAAGAAAAAAAAAGAGAUUAAAACGUCUAUCCUUUUAGAGUCAAUUGUUUUAGUCAAUAGUACGGACAUAAGUGCGGGCAUUGCCUAUUCUAACGAAUAAUUGAAUGUCCUCUCUAAUGAAUAGUCGAUAUGAAGGAGUACAUCUAAAAAACA